UCCAGUCCACACCCGCCCCGGCUGCUCGAUCGGUUCCUCCCUCUCCAGCAGCUUCAUUUGCCAGCCUGGAUGUCGGAUCACCACCGCUAUUCUACCGCAACAGAUGUCUGAGAGCUAGCCAGCUGAGUAGAGGACUCACCUCUCUGCCUGUGCUCUCCACCUGCAGCCAUGAAUGGCGGAGCCAGUGUGUGGGAAAUCACUCCAGAGGAGAGGACCAAACACGACAAACAAUUUGACACCCUCGUCCCCGUCCUCGGCUAUGUCUCAGGAGAACAAGCCAGGAAAUUCUUCCUCCAGUCUGGCCUGCCUGCUUCUGUCCUGGCUGAGAUCUGGCACCUAGCUGACAUGGACUGCGAUGGGAAGAUGGACAGACAGGAGUUUUCCAUCGCUAUGAAGCUCAUUAAACUCAAACUUCAGGGGCGGAAUUUACCAUCUGUCUUGCCAAUUACCAUGAAGCAACCUCCUGUCUCCAAUUCUGCUUCAACCAUCCCUUCAUCAGCACGUUUUGGAAUGGGUUCUAUGCCAAACCUGUCAAUUGGUCUGUCAUCCAUGUCAGCUAUGUCAGCCAUGCCCAUCCUAACACCCAUCCUGGCUAACCCCUCCAUGCACUCUGUGCACACAUUGGUGCCAACACCUAUGACUCUGCCCCUCAUCACCUCCCUGGGAAAUCCUGGACUCCCCAACGGCAAUGUCAACAUCCUCAGCCCACCUCUUGUUCCCAACAAUGCAGCGCUCCCUCUCUCUGGUUUCUCCUCUCCUAUGGCGUUCUCUCCAUCCACCGGCAUGUCAAAGGCCAACUCUCUUCUGGACCUUGGAUCCAGCAGCUCCAAUUCUUCCUCCACCACGUCGUUGGCCAGUAACUCUCCAAAGACGGGUGCAAGUGAUUGGGCCGUUCCGCAGGGCGCGAGACUCAAGUACCGACAGCAGUUCAACACGCUAGACAAGCUCAUGAGUGGCUACUUGUCUGGACCUCAGGUUAGAAAUGCGCUGAUUGCAUCCAACCUGACCCAGACUCAGCUCGCUACCAUCUGGACCUUGGCAGAUGUGGAUAAGGACGGUCAGCUACAAGCUGAUGAGUUCAUUCUGGCCAUGCACCUGGUGGACAUGGCUAAAACUGGCCGACCCCUACCCCUCACACUGCCUCAAGACCUGGUCCCUCCAUCUCUCAGAGGAGGAAUCAAGCCCAGUGAGCUUGUUAAUGGAACGGGGCCCUACAUAACUCCCUGUGUAAUAGACACACCAGAGGUAGAACCUGCACAAAAGACCAAGAGCAGUGUGUCCUUCGAGGACAAGCUGAAGGAAAACUUUGCGCGAGGCAGCGCCGAGCUGGAGAAACGCCGACUGGCUCUGGAGGAAGAGCAGAGAAAGGAAAGGGACAGGAGAGAGAGGGAGGAGAGGGAGGCUCAUGAAAGGAGGGAAAGGGAGGCAAGGGAGCAGGAGAACCGCAGGAGGCUGGAGGACGAGAGGCGGUUGGAGAGGCAGAGAGAGAUGGAGAGACAGAGGGAGGAGGAGAGGCUGAGAGAGCUGGAGAGGAAGGAGGCAGCGAAGCAGGAGAUGGAGCGCCAACGGAGGGAGGCGUGGGAGCAUGGGAAGAGAGAGGAACUGGGCAGGAGGAGAGAGGGGGAGCAGGAAGAGAUAUCCCAACUCAGGGCCAAAAAGAAGAGUCUAGAGCUGGAGCUGGAGGCUGUGGGCAACAAGCACAAGCAGAUCUCAGACCGUCUCCGUGACGCUCAGAGCAAGAGGCGGAUCCUGAAGGCAGAGGUGGAUCUUGUCAAUCAGAAGAGGGACGCACGCAUCAUAGAGAUCAACACGUUGCAGCUUCAGCUUGAGGACUGGCAGAGGAAGCUCCUACAGCUGGUCCCAGAACAACAGAGGCUGAACGAGAAGCUGCGAAACAUCAACCUCAACAAACCCUCCUCGGUGACUCUGACCUCGAUGACCGGGAGUGUGGCGGAAAAAGGAGUGAAUUGCCGGAGACUGAAGGACCAGCUGGACACUCUGGAGAGGGAGACCACAGACAAACUGACCCAAAUGGAGCAGUACAACAAGGAGCUUAAGCUUGGGGAUAUGGAUGACUGUGUCCUGCGGGGCCUUCUGUCUCUGCUGGCCUGCCUCAGCCAGCUCUUCCUUCUCAUCAAGGAGCUGAGGGAGAAGCAGGUGAGGCAGCAGGCUGUCCUGGACGACCUGCACAGAGUCAAAGAGGAGAAACUUAGAGAGCUGCGGAGGCGCAGGGAGGAGGAAAUGGAGAGGAGAAGGAGGGAGGAAGAAGAAGAGGCAGCCAGACAGGCGAAGCUAGAGCAGGAGAGAAAAGAGCAGGAGAAGAGAGAGAAGGAGGAAGAGGAGGCGCGUCAAAGGAGGCUCCUGGAGGAGCAGAGGGCCAGACAGAGGGAGGAGGAGGAGAGGGAGGCACAGGCUCGCCUCCGAACAGCCCAGGAGAAAGCACAGGAAGAGGAGAGAAGAAGGAGAGAGGAGGAGGAGGAGAAGAAGAAGAGGGAGGAGGUUGAAGAAAGGAAACAGAAAGAGGAGGAGGAGAGGAGGACCAAAGAAGAGCAGGAAAGAGGAGGACAGCAGCCGGUGUUGGUGGCUCAGCGAUCCUCCAAGCUGACCACGUAUAGAGCUCUGUACUCGUUUGUUGCCCGAAACGCAGAUGAGCUGAGUAUAGAUGCAAGCGGCCUCAUAGAGGUGGAUGAGAAGACCGUCGGUGAGCCUGGCUGGUUGUGCGGGAGUUACCGUGGAAAAAGGGGCUGGUUCCCCCAGACUUACGCAGAGAAAUGUCCUUUCCCCUCUACUACUGAGACAACCCCUUCUUCGCCUGGAAAAUCGUCCUGUCCGCCGCCAUUACCACUUAACACAGGAGUCCCAGAUGGAGAGGUAGCGUGUGACAGCACUGUUCCUGCCCAAUCAGACGCUUCACAGAUGACUUGCUCCAUUGUGCCUAACGUGAAACCUCGCUGCUCUACUAAUCUCACUCCUCAGUCCUCCGUCCCUCUGCUGGCUCGAGCCGUCUCCUCGUGGUCAGCCGCCUCAGAAACUCACCUCAACCUCUCCUCUGACGCGGAUGACGUCAUCACUGCGCUGCUGAGCUUCUCACAGGGUGACGUCAUCAGCGUGCUACAGCAGAGGGAAGACUGGUGGUUGGGACAGCUCAACGGGACACGGGGAUGGUUCCCCAAAACCUAUGUCACUUUGGAGACGGGUGGCAACGCAGAUGUGGAUGCAUUCGACACAUCUGACUCUGUUCAGCUAGAGGAGUAUGUGGCCUUGUACACUUAUGAGAGCCCAGAGGCGGGGGACCUGACGUUUGUUGAGGGAGAUGUUGUCAUGGUGACAGAGAGAGAAGGAGAGUGGUGGCGAGGAUGCAUCGGGGAUCAGACAGGGGUUUUUCCCUCCAACUAUGUCAGACCUGUUGAACCAGAGGCGACAAAACCUGGAGCUCCAAUCAAAAAGCCUGCUUUAUCUGUUCGGUCAACAGAGAUCGCCCAGGCAGUCACCACCGCUGUCACCCCGACGAUGCAUCAGCUGCGUCUGUCUCCAGGGCAACUGAUCGUGGUCCUGGCCAAGAACUCCACCGGCUGGUGGCUCGGGGAACUGCAGGCUCGAGGCAAGAAGCGGCAGAGAGGCUGGUUUCAUUCCUCUCACGUCAAGCUCCUCGGCCCCUCCAGCAGCAAGUCCUCUCCCUCCCCUCUGCCAGUGUGCCAAGUUAUUGCAAUGUACGACUACACCGCUGCUAAUCGGGAUGAGCUGAGCUUCUCCAAGGGUCAGCUCAUCAGCAUCCUGGACAAGACCAACCCUGACUGGUGGAAAGGAGACGCCAAUGGGGUCACCGGCCUGCUGCCCACCAAUUAUGUCAAGAUGACCACAGAAUCAGACCCCAGCCAGAAAUGUACAGUAGAUCCCUUAUUCAUGUCAGAACAUGGAGAGAGUGACGGGUGUGCUGACCUGAUGACGUUGGACACUAUGACGCCUCAGGAGAGGAAGAGGCAGGGUUACAUCCACGAGCUCAUCCAGACUGAGGAGACCUACGUGGAAGACUUGGAGCUGGUUCUAGAGGUCUUUUACAAGCCCAUGUCUGAGUCAGGCCGUCUAACAGAAGCUGAGAUGGGAGUGAUCUUUGUUAACUGGAGGGAGCUGAUAAUGUGCAACACCAAACUACUCAAGGCGCUGCGGGUCCGUAAAAAGACCGAAGGAGAGAACAUGCCGGUCCAGCUGAUAGGGGAUCUGUUGGCUUCGGAGCUCGCGCACAUGCAGCCUUACAUCCACUUCUGCUCCUGCCAGCUCAACGCCGCUGCCCUGCUUCAGAGCAAAACCCACAACCAGCCUGACUUUAAAGACUUCCUCAAGAAGAUAGCCACUAACUACCGCUGUAAAGGAAUGCCACUGUCCAGCUUCCUCCUCAAGCCCAUGCAGAGGAUCACACGCUACCCUCUGCUCAUAAAGAACAUCCUGGAGAACACCCCAGAUGGUCACGCGGACCGCAGCCCACUGAGAGAAGCUCUGGAGCGGGCCGAGGAGCUGUGCUCUCAGGUCAACGAGGGAGUCCGGGAGAAGGAGAACUCAGACCGGCUGGAGUGGAUACAGAGCCACGUGCAGUGUGAGGGAGCUAUAGCGCACUUGGUCUUCGACUCGCUGACUAAUUGCCUCGGGCCUCGCAAGCUGCUCCACAGCGGUCGGCUUUACAAAACCAAAAGCAGCAGGGAGCUGUGGGCUUUCCUCUUCAAUGAUUUUCUCCUCCUCACACACAGCGCCAAACCCUUCUCCUCCUCUGGUUCAGACAAGCUAUUCAGCCUCAAGACCAACAUACAGCUAAAGAUGUACAAAACACCACUGUUUUUAAAUGAGGUUUUGGUAAAAAUGCCACCGGACCCCUCCAGCGAUGAGCCACUCUUCCACGUCUCACACAUCGAUCGUGUCUACACACUCAAAACGGAGACCUUGAACGAGAGGACAACGUGGGUUCAGAAAAUCAAAGCAGCAUCUGAACAUUUCAUACAGACGGAGAAGAAAAAGAGAGAGAAGGCUUACCAAGCACGUUCUCUAAAGACCAGCGGUAUAGGCCGACUGCUGGUAACUGUCACUGAAGCCCAGGAGCUCAAAGCCUGUAAACCCAACGGUAAGAGUAAUCCGUACUGUGAGCUGACGAUGGGGGCUCAGUGCUACACCUCCCGACCGAUCAGCGACACUCUGAACCCAAAGUGGAACUUCAACUGCCAGUUCUUCAUCAAAGACCUCUACCAGGAUGUGCUGUGCAUUACUGUGUUUGAGAAAGACCAGUUCUCCCCAGAUGAUUUCCUGGGUCGUACUGAGGUUCCCGUGGCAACUAUAAACAAAGAGAUGGAAAGCAAGGGAGCCGCAAAUCGCCGCCUACUACUGCAUGAGGUCCCUACUGGAGAGGUUUGGGUCAAACUAGACCUACAGCUUUACGAGCCACCCAAAUGAGGACAACAACAAAAAUCCAAAACACACGCACCACUUAAUGUUAUAGUAAUGAAGAGAAGACAAAUUUGCAUAAGCAUAAACAAGCACACACACCUAAAAGUGCCUGUUUGUAGCAGUACAAGGGUUGCCUUGAAAAACUCACUUUUACCAUCCCUGCCUUAUUCUGCCCUGACUCCGGAUUUCCACUGCAUGCAUAACGUCUGCAGACCGGCUCCGCUGCGUGUCUACUGCGUGCUCCGCCGUCCGUCAAUACCCACCAGGUCCAGAUUUGUUGCGGCACGGCUGCGGCCAUGACUGACAGCUGAUGUCACGUAGAAUAGAACCACAAAA